AAGCCGACAUAUCUACGCCCAUCGCAAUCCCCGCCGACCGCUGCGAGUAGAAUCAAAAUGGCACUCGCCCGCCCACUUCCCCCGCUGUGGCAGUCACUGUUCCCGGGACUCAAUGGCCCCAUGCGUCCCGUCCUGAGCUCGCCUUUCCUCCAGCGCCUUUCACAGUCAUUCAACACACCCUUUGGCGCACUCGCAUUACCCUCCUUAUCGCUGCCGUCAUUACCGUCAAUAGCCGACAUAUGGGACGGCAUACUCAAUGCAGUGCCGAAGAAGAAGACGUCAUACCGCAAGAAGCGACAACGGUUCAUGGCGGGCAAAGGACUGAAGGAUAUUACAGCAUUAAAUACAUGUUCGGGCUGCGGGAGGGUGAAGCGGAUGCACAUUCUAUGCCCGUACUGUGUGGAUGCCAUCAAAACCACCAUCUUCGGCCAGCUCAACUGGUCCAUUCGCCGGCCGACCCCUAAGCAAGCCAAGCAGUUGAAGAGGGAUAGACGCUUCGAGGCGAUAAGAGCGCGAACCAUGCUGCCAGACCCACGCAAGCAAAAGGAAGAUCAGGUCUUGAAGCACACCGGUUGGAAGGGUUGAAUUGCGGCUAUAAAGCGUACAGGUGGAGGGUUAAGCCGCGACCUAACUGGAAAGCGGUCCCGCAGACGACAGGAGACCAGGCGAGGUGACACAUUAGAUGUCAAAGUGGACCUCAGAUGCAUACACGAGCAUAGCUCAGGCGUUGGAAUAUAUGUACAUUGGGAAUGUAACAACAUGUGGCACCAAAGGAAGUCGAUCAAGCAAUCCCGGUGCCUCGAGCACCUAGCUCUAUUAAGCUCAAGUCCCGAAUCAAACACUGGGACAAGACAGCUGGUGUCUAUACUCACUCUAAUCCGG